AGCAGCGGCUCCUGAAUGACGUUAUAUUGGGGAUUGGGCCGGCCGCUCCGCAGAUGGCGCUGGAGACGCCGCUGUCCGUCCGCGCGCUCACGUUUUCCUGCUCGCGACACUUACGGAAGAAAGAAUGAUGGCGACGCUUGCGGGGCCCGAGUCCCCUCGGACGGGGGCGACGCGAAGCGACCGCGGCGGGAACAUAGUGACGACGAUCAACCGGAGCCAGAUCACCGGCCGCGGGAUUUGUCGAGGGACGCAGACUACACCUCUGCCCUUCCCCAGGUGCCAGAAGCCCUGCUCCACGAGCGGGACCACCGGGCACGCUGGCAUGGUAUCCCCAUCCUGCUGCGGAGGCUGCAUGAGGCCAGCCACCCUAACAGCGACCUUAGCCGGGCCCACGCCGUGCUCAAGGAAAUGUCACCCCUGCUCUCCAUGGAGGCCAUGUCUCUUGUGACUGAAGACAGGAAAUUCGCCCAGGAAGCCACUUUCCCCAACACGUACACCUUCGACCUCUUUGGGGGCGUUGAUCUCCUGCUUGAAAUGCUCAUGAGGCCCACGCUGUCAACGCAGAAGAAGAAACCGAAGAUGAACGAUGACCUCAUCAAGGACUGUCUAAGUGUUCUCUACAACUGCUGCAUAUGUACGGAAGGUGUCACAAAAAGUCUUGCGGCUAGAGAUGACUUUGUCCUCUUCCUCUUCACGUUGAUGACGAAUAAGAAGACCUUCCUGCAGACCGCCACGCUCAUCGAGGACAUCUUGGGCGUUAAAAAGGACAUGAUCCAACUGGAGGGCAUCCCCAACCUGGCUGGCCUGGUGCAGAGCUUCGACCAGCAGCAACUGGCCAAUUUCUGCCGCAUCCUAUCCGUCACCAUCUCUGAGCCCGACCUCGGUCACGAUGACAAGCAUACCCUACUAGCCAAGAACGCCCUGCAGAGGAAGAACUCUGGCCCAUCCCAGGCUGAGAUCAACCAAGUAACUCUGCUGGGAAUACCUGGAUUCAUCGAGCGUCUCUGCAAGCUGGCCACGCGGAAGGUGUCGGAGGCCACAGACACCUCCAACUUCCUGCAGGAACUGGAAGACUGGUACGCCUGGCUGGACAAUGCGCUGGUGCUGGAUGCACUCAUCCAGAUCAACGGCUCGGAGGCGGAGCAGAGCAGCACAGAGUCGUCGGAUGAGAGUGCUCUGGCUGCCAGCCCUCUGAGGCACCGGCUGCCACGCUCCAUGAAAGUGGUGCAUGAGAUCAUGUACAAGGUGGAGGUCCUCUACGUGCUCUGCGUCAUGCUCAUGGGCCGCCAGCGCAACCAGGUGCACAGGAUGCUGGCAGAGUACCGACUCAUCCCAGGCCUCAACAACCUGUUCGACAAGCUCAUCUGGCGGAAGUACACAUCAUCCAGCCACGUGCUGCACGCUCAGAACCAGCACUGUGACUGCAGCCCGGAAAUUUCCUUCAAGAUACAGUUUUUGAGGCUCCUUCAGAGCUUCAGUGACCACCACGAAAACAAAUACCUGCUCCUGAACACCCAGGAGCUGAAUGAGCUAAGUGCCAUUUCUCUGAAGGCCAACAUCCCGGAGGUGGAGGCGUUGGUCAACACAGACAGGAGCCUGGUGUGUGAUGGGAAGAAGGGUCUCCUGACGCGGCUCCUCACGGUCAUGAAGCGGGAGCCUCCAGACUCCUCCUUCAGGUUCUGGCAGGCCCGAGCCGUGGAGAGCUUCCUCCGGGGGGCCACGUCCUACGCCGACCAGGUGUUCCUGCUGAAGAGGGGUCUGCUGGAGCACAUCCUGUUCUGCAUCAUUGACAGCGGGUGCAAGUCCCGCGAUGUGCUGCAGAGCUACUUCGACCUUCUGGGCGAGCUCAUGAAGUUCAACAUCGAUGCCUUCCAGAGGUUCGACCGAUACGUCAACACGGAAGAGAAGUUUCAGGUCUUUCUGACGCAGAUUAACAGCUCCUUGGUGGACUCCAACAUGUUAGUGCGAUGCAUCGUCCUGUCGCUGGACCGGUUUGAGAGCCAGUCGGAGGAUGUCAAAGUGGUGGAGACGCUCUCCCAGUGUCACCUGCUGUCCCACCUGGCUCGCGUGGAGAACCGGCUGGCCUUCCUCUUCAGGCUCAUCAACAUCAUCAAUGUGCAGACGCUGACGCAGGAGAAUGUGAGCUGCCUGAACACCAGCCUGGUGAUCCUGAUGCUGGCACGCCGUCAUGGCCGCCUGGCCUGGUACCUGGGCGCCCUGCGGGAGAAGGAAUACACUGAGAGGUACCCAGGCUGUCUGCUGAACAACUUCCACCAGCUGCUCUGCUUCUGGCAGCGGCACUACCUCAACAAGGACAAGGACAGCACCUGCCUGGAGAAUAGCUCCUGCAUCCCCUUCAGCUACUGGAAGGAGACUGUGUCGGUGCUGCUGGAUGAGGACAGGACGUCGCCCUACGCCAUCGUCAGCUACAUCGACCAGGCCUACAUGGAACUGGAACAGCACUUUCUGGAGGAUUAGGCUUGUUCGGGUCUUGUGGGUCAGGAUAUCCCGUGGAGGGCUGUCUGUAAGUAUGUGCUUGUGUGCCCUGAGGGGGCCCAGGGUUAACCCCCUUCCACACACACCUCCCACCCCCAGUCUGCUGGAAGGUGGCUACAGACAUCCGUCUCCCAGGAAACGGGGACCCACGCAAGCUUGUAAGGUCUGCUGCCAAAUGUUUCCCUCACCACUAGGGGGUGCUGAGGAGGCAGGAUUAGGACCAGACAGCCGAGGGUCUCCUGGACUGUCCUGUGCGCCUCAGGUGGGCCAUCACAGAUUCUUAUGGACGCUUCAAAAACAAUCCGUGUGGAUGUCAAAUGGACACGCUUGCUGCAGAGUGUGGCUCUAGCUGCCUCCCACACUGACAGUCCAUUGUGAGAGCACGGGCGUCCGGCGUGAACCCCAGGAAAGUAGCCGGGGGCUGUCCGAGGCGUGCGCCCGUGGGUGUGAGGCUGCUGUCCUCUGGCCCCCCCAGCCAACCCUGCCCUGUCUCUGCAUCAGAAGAUUCCCUGGCCUCCCUCACAGUGUGGCUCCUUUUUAUUUCCCAGUUUCUUUGGUUUAAUCAAUUAGCAAUUAAUCCUUAAUGUGUAAAUAUAUACAGUAUAUAUCUGUAUGAAAUCGCAGUGUGACCUUUCCCAGCGUGUGAGUGAGUCGGUUUUUAUAACUUUUAUCCUUGGGUCGUCACUGCUUAUGAAGAGGGUAUGAAUGCUAUCCAUGUUCCAUGUUACCGAUGGGAAUGUGCCCCCCCCCCCC